AGUAGAUAUUGAUUAAGACCAUAUUUUUAUUUAGGGACAAAGGAGAAGCUUGCGGCGAGUUCUAUAAUCGGCAAGUUAGCUGACGAAGAAAAGAAGUUGAAUCUUCAACAAAAGGGUAAAGUUCAGAUCUCAUCUUUCUUCUUCAAACACACCCAUUAACCUACAACUAUAAGUGGUUUUCAUGGCGGCGAAGUGGUGCUGGAGAUCGAUUGUGGUUUUGAUAUGGUGGUGCGCCACCACUAGUAGUACAACGCAAGCUAUCUGGUUAGACUUACCCGCUUCAGGAACCAAGUGUGUCUCUGAAGAUAUUCAAAACAACGUCGUUGUUCUUGCUGAUUACUCCCUCGUCAAUGGUCAAGAGGACGUCCCUGUUCACCCCGGCCCCACAAUUUCAGUUCGGGUAACCUCGCCAUAUGGAAACAAUCUCCAUCACCAAGAGAAUAUGACUCAUGGUCAAUUUGCAUUUACAAGUACCGAAUCCGGCAACUACUUGGCCUGUUUCUGGGUCGACGGGAAUCAUCCAGGUGGUAAGGGUCUAACAGUUAGUCUCGACUGGCGAAUUGGUAUUGCUGCAAAGGAUUGGGAGUCUGUUGCAAAGAAAGAAAAGAUCGAGGGUGUUGAAUUCGAAUUGAGAAAGCUUGAAGGUGCUGUGGAAGCCAUUCAUGAGAAUUUGAUUUAUUUGAAGAACAAGGAAGCAGAGAUGAGGGAAGUGAGCGAAAAAACGAAUGGAAGGGUGGCGUGGUUUAGCAUCAUGUCUCUCGGCGUCUGCAUUGGGGUUGCGGUUUUGCAGGUAUGGUACUUGAAACGAUUUUUCCACAAGAAGAAACUUAUCUGAAAACUAUACAUUUAGACCACACUGCUAGCUUCAGAGAUAUAUAUUUUGAGAUGUGGAGAGACCUGUGAAAAAUGGUACAAUUGUUGUAUUAUUAUUUACACUAUAUUAAAUUUUCAAGCAGGCUGCAUUCCAGUUUCUUUUUA